AUGGCAUAUAUUAAGGAAGUAACGAUUAUUAUAUCCUCCGCCCAUGCAACUUUAGAUCUCUUUCUCGAGACCAACGUGGAGGUGCUCCGCUCAUUUCCAAUCUACAAUUUUGUACCGCUUGCAUAUGCCGCACUUGUUUUAACUAAACUUCUCAUCUCGUCCAAAACAUCGACAAGCCUGAUUGGGUCUGCACUAGAUGACCAGACUAUCAGAUUGGGAUUCUAUCUCCAAGCGCUUAUCGAGAAAUUGGGAGCGGCCGUUGGUCCAAUGGAAUGUAGAGCACCGUUUACUUUCCUUGGCCUUCUCAUGAGACUUCGGAUAUGGUACAAAAGCCAACAAUAUGACACCCAAUUCAAACCACCAACAAAUCUUUCAAAGCUUGUCGAAGACUGUUAUCUUCCCCCACCUCCGACCACCAAAAGAAAUCAAACCCAUGCAGAAACAUUGGGAAUAACAGAUGCUACCGCUGACUCCGAAGCACAUGUGUUAGCACCAGAUCAAAUGGAGAGCCUGAGGAGUAUGGGUCUCGAUGAGCUGGCAACUAUGCAGCCUCUGCCCAACUUCGACUUUGAUUGGCAAAGCUUUGACGUCAAUCAGUUCAUGGACUUGGGCUCUUUGGAUCCCACGAUGGUCGACAACGAUUGGGCGUUAAGCCCACCGAAUCACAAUCCUUCCAAUAAUCAGAUGUUGAGUCCAAAGAUCGAUUGGGAGAUGCCAUGA